AUGGGUGCUGCUUACACUAUAUUAGGGAGAACUGUUCAGCCACACGUAUUAGCCCUGGCCACUAUUAUCGGCACAGUGGGCGGCGUCACAUACAAGAUGGGGAGCGCGCCCAGCAAGCCAGAGACUGCACCCAGCAAGACCUCGAGCUUGGACACAUCGUCGGCGUCCCAGCAGUCUGGUGAGAUGGAUAUCGAGAAAUUGCUGGACAACUAUCUACAACAGGCUGAUAAAAAGUAA